AGAAGGAGAAGAAGAAGAAGAUAUUAGAUUUAUUUAUAUACAUUGCUAUUUGCACUUCUGGUAAUUUGUUAACUUGUACUCUGCUUAAUGACAAUAAAGUUGAUGUAAAAUAAUAGAAUAGAAUAGAAUAGAAUAGAAUAGAAAUGCACUACCAGGCUACAAUAGCAUUUAGAAUAAUGUUAGUUUUAGGAUUUUAGACUUUUAGUUGGACUCGUGUGGUAUUUAAACCACUAGAGGUCCUCAGAGUUCUCCCAGGUCGUUCUCUCCUGUCUAUUAAUAUCAUUGCUCGCACCUGUGUCUCAUUUCCACGUGUUUAUUUCAGUUGCCCUGUUCUUUAGCUUUGGUGUAUUUUGUGGCAGACUUGUCAGAUACAUGUCUCAUAUACCCAAGGAACCUUAUAUUUGUCCUUUUUAAAAACAUUUUUUUUUUCAUUUAAUUUUUUAAAUGUUAUUAUUAUUUUUUUUUUAUUGGAUAGGUUUAUAUAAGACUAGUGCAUCAAGGAGAUUUAUUUAUUUUUUUAUUGGUUUUAGUGUGUAGAUUUGACAAAACUUUGUUUUUUGUUUGUUUUUAUUGUUUGCACUUUUGGACAUUGUACCUCGCCAUUACAUUCAAUCUCCAAGUCCUGAUGCUGACCAAUAUAAUUGAAGUGAGUCGUUCUGGGAAAGGAGUCGAUUCGUGCAGGAAUCGUCCAUCUGGAGAUUGAGUGGAGCUCAGAGAGGAAGCGCGUCCCGAGCCGACCACAAGCCGCACACCGACUCGGAUCACGGAUCUGUCCACAUCGGACAUCAGCGGUGCGUGUCUUAUUGAAAGCCUCGCUUUAGGCUGCUUCUAGACAUUUCCUUCCAAGCCCAGGUCUGAUCCCGGGGAUUGUGUUGGAUGGUGUCAGGCUGCCUGUAGAGACAGGUACGGAGGAUGAUGAUGAUGAUGGCGAGUGAGACGGCGCUGUGCGCUCCGGGCCGCGGGCAGCAUCAGCAUCAGCACCAGGAGCGCCAGCAGCAGCGCGGGGCCGCGGGCUCUAUCACAGGCGAGGCGGCAGCGCCGGGAUCGUCCGCGGGCUCCGGCUCCGUGCUCCUGGCAGCCGGCGUGCUCAACCCCGCGGUGCCCAUCCGCACCAUCCGGACGAAGUUCGCCGUGCUCGUGGGUCUCAUCCGCGCCGGCGAGGUGAGCGACCGAGACAUCGCGGAGACGGUGCUGAAUCUGUUGGUAGGCGGCGAGUUUGACCUGGAGAUGAACUUCAUCAUUCAGGACACUGAAAGCAUUGUGUGCAUGGUAGAGCUUCUCGAGCACUGUCAGGUCACGUGCCAAGCCGAGAUCUGGAGCAUGUUCACGGCCAUCCUGCGCAAGAGCAUGCGCAACCUACAGACCUGCACCGAGGUGGGCUUGAUCCAGCUCGUGCUGCUCAAGAUGAGCUCCGUCGAUGACAUGAUUGCAGACCUGUUGGUAGACAUGCUGGGAGUCCUGGCCAGCUACAGUAUCACUGUGAAGGAACUGAAGCUGCUCUUCAGUAUGCUCAGAGGGGAAGGAGGAUUGUGGCCGAGACAUGCGGUGAAGCUGCUUACUGUCCUGAAUCAGCUGCCACAAAGACAUGGACCAGAUGCUUUCUUCAACUUCCCAGGUCGCAGUGCUGCUGCGAUUGCUUUACCUCCCAUCGCCAAGUGGCCUUACCAAAACGGCUUCAGUCUCAACACCUGGUUCCGCAUGGAUCCCCUUAACAACAUCAGCGUGGACAAGGACAAACCCUACCUUUACUGCUUUCGGACAUGUAAAGGCGUUGGUUAUUCAGCUCAUUUUGUGGGUAACUGCUUGAUCGUGACAUCACUCAAAUCCAAAGGAAAAGGCUUCCAGCACUGCGUGAAGUAUGACUUCCAGCCGAGGAAGUGGUACAUGAUCAGCAUCGUACACAUUUACAACCGCUGGAGGAACAGUGAAAUCCGCUGCUACGUCAAUGGACAGCUGGUCUCAUACGGCGAUAUGGCCUGGCAUGUCAACACUAAUGAUAGCUAUGACAAAUGUUUCCUGGGCUCGUCGGAGACAGCAGACGCUAACCGAGUGUUCUGUGGACAGCUCGGUGCCAUUUACGUGUUCAGCGAAGCUCUCAACCCGGCACAGAUCUUCGCCAUCCAUCAGCUAGGGCCAAGCUAUAAGAGCACAUUUAAGUUUAAGUCUGAGAGCGAUAUCCAUUUGGCGGAGCACCAUAAGCAGGUGUUGUACGAUGGCAAGUUGGCCAGCAGCAUCUGCUUUACCUACAACGCUAAAGCCACGGACGCUCAGCUGUGUCUGGAGUCUUCUCCCAGAGAGAACGCUUCGAUCUUCGUCCACUCGCCACAUGCUCUCAUGCUACAGGACGUAAAGGCAAUCAUCACCCACUCGAUCCACAGCGCCAUUCACUCCAUCGGGGGCAUUCAAGUGCUUUUCCCUCUUUUCUCCCAGCUGGACUUCCAUCAGCACAGUGAGAGUCAGGUGGAAACCGCUGUUUGUGCCAGUCUCCUGGGCUUCCUGGUGGAGUUGCUGAAGAGCUCUGUGGCCAUGCAGGAACAGAUGCUUGGAGGAAAAGGCUUCCUGGUGAUUGGAUACCUGUUGGAAAAGUCGUCGCGGGUGCACAUCACCAGGGCCGUGCUGGAGCAGUUCGGGUUCGCGAAGUACCUGGACGGCCUGAGUCAUGGCGCGCCUCUUCUUAAGCAGCUCUGCGACCACAUCCUGUUCAACGCUGCUAUCUGGAUCCAUACUCCAGCUAAGGUGCAGCUGUCGCUCUACACGUACCUGUCAGCCGAAUUUAUCGGCACUGCGACGAUCUACAACACCAUCAGGCGUGUGGGAACCGUUCUGCAGCUCAUGCACACUCUGAAGUACUACUACUGGGCUGUUAACCCCGCACCCUGCAGCUCCAUCACUCCCAGAGGCCUGGAUGGACCACGUCCUUCACAAAAGGAGAUCAUCUCAUUGAGGGCCUUUAUGCUACUUUUCCUCAAGCAGCUUAUCCUUAAGGAUCGUGGAGUAAAAGAAGAUGAACUCCAGAGCAUACAGAACUAUCUCUUGACAAUGAAUGAGGACGAGAACCUCCACGAUGUUCUGCAGCUGCUCGUGGCUCUGAUGUCAGAACAUCCCGCAUCAAUGAUCCCCGCCUUUGACCAGAGGAAUGGCAUCCGAGUGGUCUACAAGCUGCUGGCAUCUAAGAGCGAGAGCAUUCGUGUGCAAGCCCUGAAGGUGUUGGGCUACUUCCUCAAGCACCUCGGUCACAAGAGAAAGGUGGAAAUCAUGCACACACACAGUCUUUUUACACUUCUGGGAGAGCGGCUCAUGCUGCACACCAGCACAGUGUCGGUAACAACCUACAACACGCUGUACGAGAUCCUGACAGAGCAGGUGUGUACACAGGUUGUUCACAAACCACACCCUGAACCCGACUCUAGUGUGAAGAUCCAGAACCCGAUGAUUCUGAAGGUGGUGGCCACGCUGCUGAAGAACUCGACACCCAGCGCUGAGCUGAUGGAGGUGCGGCGUCUCUUCCUCUCAGACAUGAUCAAACUGUUCAGCAACAGCCGUGAGAACAGACGGUGUCUGCUUCAGUGCUCUGUGUGGCAGGAUUGGAUGUUCUCACUGGGAUACAUCAACCCAAAAAACUCUGAGGAGCAGAAGAUUACUGAGAUGGUCUACAACAUCUUCCGUAUCCUGCUGUACCACGCCAUUAAGCACGAAUGGGGUGGAUGGCGCGUUUGGGUGGACACCCUCUCCAUAGCCCACUCCAAAGUGACAUACGAAGCCCAUAAGGAGUACUUAGCCAAGAUGUAUGAGGAAUAUCAGCGCCAGGAGGAGGAAAAUAUUAAAAAGGGAAAGAAAGGUCUAGUCAGUACUAUUUCUGGCCUGUCUGCCCAAGCCUCUGCCAUCAAAGGUACCCUCGAGCUUGAUGACCAUUCUCAAACACAGACCCCUGAGAGUGAGGUGGACGACUCGGAGACCACCGAACCCGCACGCAGCCUUCUCUUGGAAGCCAAAGGAACCAACAUGGACAACACAGUGUCGGGUGUGCAGGUGGAAGUUCAUGACCUGCUUGUGGACAUCAAAGCUGAGAAAGUAGAGGCCACAGAGGUGAAACUGGAUGACAUGGAGACGCUGGGAGUCACAGAGAGUGGGAGUCUGGUAGAGGUUGAUUCUCUCCUGGACAAUGUCUACUCAGCUGCUGUAGAGAAGCUGAACAACAAUGUGAACAAUGUCUUGGUUUCCAAAUCGAACUUGGAUGACAAGACCACAGGCCCUCUGAUCAAUCUAGCUGAGGAUAAAGACGCUGUCCCUAGUGGCAGCACGUUUCUGUUUGCUUCAGUGGGCACUGGUGCAUCUGAGAACCUUCUGCCCAAAAUUGCACCAUCGGAACCUUUGCCUCUUGCAAGCGGCCACCAUCAGGUUCGCACCAGUACCAGUGACUUGGGUUUGUUGGCUCACAUGACUAGUGGAUCAGAAGUAAGCUCCACAACUCUUGAGGACUGCUUGCAACUCCAGGCUGAUUUAGGGACUUUUAAUUCCUCAUGUCAGGGAGAAAGCUUUGCUAAGAACCUUGAGCAGGGUGCGGCAUUAGCUCCUGAGGUAGAAGCUUCUGGAGGAAAGAGCAAUGCAGAUGCCACCGGGACCAUCUCAGAGACAGAGAGGACUGAUGACAAGGAGAAGGAGAUCAGGAAGAUCCAGACGACUGCAACCACUCAGGAUGUCCAUGGCAGAGCUGGUACAUUGAUGGACAGAGACGUGAGGGUGGACCUCAGCUUCAGGGCCAUGCCCAUGAGCGAAGAGCAGCGGCGUCAGUUCAGCCCGGGUCCCCGCACCACCAUGUUCCGCAUCCCAGAGUUCAAAUGGUCGCCGAUGCACCAGCGCUUACUCACUGAUCUGCUCUUCGCUCUCGAGGCUGAUUUGCACGUCUGGAGGAGCCACUCAACCAAGUCAGUCAUGGACUUCGUGAACAGCAACGAGAACAUCAUAUUUGUGCACAACACUAUUCACCUCAUUUCACAGAUGGUGGACAACAUCAUCAUCGCCUGUGGCGGGAUCCUCCCUCUGCUCUCAGCUGCCACGUCGCCGUCUAAUUCUAAGGCGGAAUUCGAAGGGAUCGAGGCCACACAGGGGAUGUCAUCAGAGACAGCUUUGACCUUCCUGACACGCCUCAUGUCCAUGGUGGACGUGUUGGUGUUCGGCAGUUCGCUCAACUUCAGUGAGAUCGAGGCUGAGAAGAACAUGUCCUCUGGAGGACUGAUGCGCCAGUGUCUCCGACUUGUGUGCUGCAUGGCUGUGAGGAGUUGCUUAGAGUGCAGACAGCGUCACCGGGACAGGGCAAUGAAGGCCUCUGUGUCCAGUGUCAAAACUCUGGAAAGCAUGCAGACUUCCAGCAAGACUUGUGUUGAGAAUUUUCCCAGCAACAUUUCUCCCAUUAAGGACCUGGAUCAUCUCCUGCAGGAUGUGGACAUCAACCGCCUGCGUGCCGUUGUCUUCCGAGAUGUCGAUGAUGGGAAGCAGGCGCAGUUCCUGGCCCUGGCUGUGGUCUACUUCAUCUCCGUCCUCAUGGUGUCCAAGUACCGCGACAUUUUGGAGCCACAGCGCGAGACGACGAGGGUCAUCAGCCAGUUAGGAAGGAGCAUUCGCCAGGAAAUCAACUCUCCAACAAGCACAGAAAACCCUUUGACCUUCUCAGACAGCAGUAAAGAUUCCAAUCUGCUCUCUCAGAAACAUUCUGAAGUUUCCCUGCCUCCUUCUGACUCCGGGCUUGGGGACGAGCCUGUGUCCUGCAUGUUUAAUGGAGCCGAUCUGGAACCCAACUCCAGAGGACCGGAUGGUUUGCGUGGAAUCCUCUGCACCCUCUCACCAGAGGCCAAAGCCCAGGAGAGCUUGACUGAAUCGGAUCUACUGAAACCUGCCGCCUCCAUCUCCAGCAUCAGCCAAUCCAACAAGGGCAUCAACGUCAAGGAGAUCCUCAAGAGUCUGGUAGCGGCUCCUCUGGACGCCAGUGAGAGUGGCCCGGAACCAGCGGCUUAUCCUGAAAACCAGGUGUUAAAGAGGGAGACGCAAUCCAUGAUGCCCAUGCAGUUUCACUCUUUCGACAGGAGUGUGGUUGUCCCGGCUAAGAAGCCCGCAGCAGGCAACACAGCUGUUAACACAGUAGUCACUUCCGGUUCCUCCGUGGCGAGCUCAGGAAGCACUCCCAACAUCUUCACUGCAGCAUCUGCUACACCUAAAAGCAUGAUCAACACCACAGGAGCUGCAGACCCUGCCUCUUCCUCCUGCUCAUCAUCAUCCGGCUUUGUGAACGGAGCCACCAGUAAGAACCUUCCAGCCGUACAGACGGUCGGACCGAUGCCCGAGGACACCAUGGAGAACAUGAGUAUUACUGCUAAGUUGGAGCGAGCCCUGGAGAAAGUCGCGCCCUUGCUGAGGGAGAUCUUUGUGGACUUUGCACCCUUCCUGAGUCGCACUCUUCUGGGCAGCCACGGUCAGGAGCUUCUUAUAGAAGGUCUGGUGUGUAUGAAGUCGAGUACCUCAGUGGUGGAGCUGGUCAUGCUGCUUUGCUCUCAGGAAUGGCAGAACUCCAUACAGAAGAACGCUGGAUUGGCCUUCAUCGAGCUAAUCAACGAAGGAAGACUCCUGUGUCAUGCCAUGAAGGACCACAUUGUGCGAGUGGCCAAUGAAGCCGAGUUCAUCCUGAACCGCCAGCGAGCCGAAGAUGUCCACAAGCAUGCUGAAUUUGAGUCGAGCUGCGCGCAGUACGCCAUCGACAGAAGAGAGGAGGAGAAGAUGUGUGACCACCUCAUCAGUGCUGCUAAGCACCGCGACCGCGUCACUGCCAAUCAGCUAAAACAGAAAAUCGUCAACAUCCUCACUAACAAACACGGAGCCUGGGGGGCGCUGACGCACAGUCAGCUGCAUGACUUUUGGCGUCUUGACUACUGGGAAGAUGAUCUCAGGAGGAGGCGGAGAUUUGUCAGGAACCCUUUUGGCUCCACCCACUUGGACAUCUCGUGCAAGUCUCUGGACGACUACGGUCAUGAGGAAGAUGACAUGCUGAAGGGGAGGAAGAGUUUCCGUGGCCAUGUAGUUGUAAGCCAGAGCCCAGAGGCCGAGCUGAUGUUGGAGGGCGAAGAUGACACUGUCAGCCUGCUGCAGGACAAGGACAUGGACAACCUGGCAGGCCCUGUGCUCAUGAGCACCCCCGCCCAGCUGGUAGCCCCCGUACUGGUGGCCUGUGGGACGCUUUCCAUCACUACAAGCGAAAUCUAUUUCGAGGUGGAUGAAGAAGAUCUGGCCUUCAAACGCACCGAUCCGAGAGUGCUAGUGUACUCAGAAGGGCUGCAUGGAAAAUGGAUGUUCAGCGAGAUCCGAGCUGUGUUCGCCCGCCGUUAUCUGCUGCAGAACACGGCACUUGAAGUCUUCAUGGCUAACAGAACCUCUGUGAUGUUUAACUUCCCUGACCAGCAAACAGUGAAGAAAGUGGUUUACAGUUUACCCCGUGUAGGUGUUGGCACAAGCUACGGACUCCCACAAGCCAGGCGGAUUUCCCUGGCCACGCCACGCCAGCUCUUCAAGUCCUCCAAUAUGACACAGCGCUGGCAGACGGAGAUCUCCAACUUCGAGUACCUUAUGUUCUUAAAUACUAUUGCAGGGCGGACGUAUAAUGACCUGAAUCAAUAUCCCGUGUUCCCCUGGGUUCUCACCAACUACGAGUCGGAGGAGCUGGACCUCACGCUGCCUGGCAACUUUCGAGAUCUGUCUAAGCCAAUCGGAGCUCUGAACCCAAAGCGCGCUGUGUUUUAUGCUGAGCGAUUUGAAGCGUGGGAUGACGACUCUCCACCCUGUCACUACUCCACCCACUACUCAUCUGCAACCUCCACCCUGCACUGGCUCGUCCGAAUAGAACCCUUUACGACCUUCUUUCUUAGCACCAGUGGCAACAAGUUCCAUCAUCCCAACCGUACUUUCUCUGGGAUCACACGGUCAUGGAGGCACUGCCAGAGGGACACUUCGGAUGUGAAGGAGCUGAUCCCGGAGUUCUACUACCUGCCAGAGAUGUUUGUGAACAGUAACGGCUACGGUUUGGGGGACAGAGAUGACGGCACCCCGGUGUGUGAUGUAGAGCUUCCUGCCUGGGCCAAGACGCCUGAGGACUUUGUGAGGAUCAACAGAAUGGCUCUGGAAAGCGAGUUUGUUUCGUGUCAGCUCCACCAGUGGAUUGACCUUAUUUUUGGCUACAAGCAGCGCGGGCCCGAGGCUGUGCGCGCCCUUAACGUCUUUCACCAUCUGACCUACGAGGGCUUCGGCAACCUCGACAGCCUCGCUCCAGACCCGCUGCUGCGUGAGGCCAUAGAGGCACAGAUCCAGAGCAUUGGACAGACGCCAUCUCAGUUGCUCAUCGAGCCCCAUCCUCCUCGCAGCUCCGCCAUGCACCUGUGUUUCCUUCCACAGAGUCCACUCAUGUUUAAGGAGCAGAUGCAGCAAGAUGUCAUCAUGGUGCUAAAGUUUCCCUCUAACUCGCCGGUCACCCACGUGGCUGCCAACACGCUGCCGCACCUGGCAAUGCCUGCCGUCGUCACGGUGACCUGCAGCCGCCUGUUCGCUGUCAAUCGCUGGCACAACACAGUGGGUCUACGGGGUGCUCCAGGAUACUCAUUAGAGCAGGCCCAUCACCUCCCUAUCGAAAUGGACUCUGUGAUUGCCAACAACACAGGGAUAAACAAGAGACAGAUCACAGAUUUGGUGGACCAGAGCAUCCAGAUCAACUCGCAGUGUUUCGUGGUAACAGCGGACAAUCGCUAUGUUCUGGUGUGCGGUUUCUGGGACAAGAGUUUCCGUGUUUACUCCUCAGAAACUGGUAAGCUGACACAGAUAGUGUUUGGCCACUGGGAUGUGGUUACAUGUUUGGCACGUUCAGAGUCAUACAUCGGCGGGGAUUGUUAUGUCGUGUCGGGAUCCAGAGACGCUACUCUGCUGCUGUGGUACUGGAGCGGCCGACACCACAUUAUAGGAGACAAUCCAAAUAACAGCGAUUAUCCAGCACCUCGAGCGGUUCUGACUGGUCACGAUUACGAGGUGGUGUGUGUGUCGGUGUGUGCUGAGCUUGGCCUGGUCAUCAGCGGAGCCAAAGAGGGUCCAUGUCUGGUGCACACUAUCACUGGGGACCUGCUCCGGGCUCUAGAGGGUCCUGAUAAUUGCUGUCUCCCUCGCCUCAUAUCGGUGUCGAGCGAAGGCCAUUGUAUCAUCUGCUAUGAGAGAGGACAGUUCUGUAACUUUAGUAUCAACGGCAAGCUGCUCGCUCAGAUGGAGAUUAACGACACCACACGUGCGAUGCUCCUGAGCAGUGAUGGACAGACGUUGGUGACGGGAGGAGAUAGCGGAGUAGUGGAGGUGUGGCAGGCUUGUGACUUCAAGCAGCUUUAUAUCUACCCAGGCUGUGACGCUGGAAUCCGAGCCAUGGACCUGUCACAUGAUCAAAGGACUCUGAUCACUGGUAUGGCAUCUGGCAGCAUUGUAGCAUUCAACAUCGAUUUCAACCGCUGGCAUUAUGAGCACCAGAAUCGCUACUGAGCGUGCUCAGAGGACGGCGCUUCCUGUUUCUUCUCUUUCUCUCUCAUGCUUCCAGAAUGGAGCCAAUGAGCGCCAGCAGCACUAUCAAAACAGAGUGUGGAAACUGGUGAAUGAAGGACUUUAUAAAUCUUGCGUAGUGUGUGCUCUGUUCUUAUCAGCACAUCUCAGUCGUGUACCGCUUCUCAAGUACUGUACAAACACUAUUUUAAUGCCAUUCUAAUAAAAAAUAACUCUGCAAAGUAUAAAUAUAUAUAAAAAAAGGCCCAGAAAUUUUGAGCUCACAUUUGAUCUGAUGUCUAUCAGCCAUCAGAUAUCAUUUAAACUGUGAAAAUCCCUCCGAGCAUUUCUACCGUGUAUACUUCCGUGUAUAUUCACCUUAAAGAGGCUUAUUUUCAGGGUAAAUAGUGGUUCAUGAUGUAAAUAUGGAUAUUGUCAACACAUCAUCAUGCAGUCAAACUCUACAAUGUGUUUCAACUCCUCAAAAUGUCCAGCUGGGUCUUUUCUCACACAACUAGAUCAAUUUAGUGUUUUUAAUGAUUUCCACAUCGUAUUGUUUGUGUGUUGUGACUAAAUAAGCUCUGUGUUUUCUGUGAAAUUUCUUGUUCGAAUUCAUCUUUCCUUCCCUCCAUGUUUGCCUCACUGUUUUUCACACUAAGGAAUGAAUUGGGUAAAUAUAACAAGUAUAAUAAAAAAAGUAUAUUAUAUUAAAAAGCUCACAGUGCACAGUAACUGACUUACUUUUCUUUUCUUCUUAUUAUUUUUACAAUUUUUAUUUUUCACCUUCAAAAUCUUGCUUUAGAUUGUUCCCUCUACAAGAAAUGAAUGACUGGUCAUUUAACAUUUGUAAUGCAUUUAUAGAAAAUAAACUGUAUUCCAUAUAAACUGCACUGAUGAACAACAAAUGUUAAAUAUAAAACUGUGUGGUCGAUUUCAUUUAUUUAUUGUACGUGAACAUGUCCUGAAGUACUGUAGGUUUAGAGAGAAGGGUUGAAAACAUGCACAUCUUGUUUUUUGUAGUAAAUAAAAUGUCCUGCGAUUUUUAAUUUUUUUCAUCUUGUUUUGUAAUUGUAUUGAUUUUAUUUUAAUCUGCCAUUUUUUUCAGGAUUUUGUUAAAACUAUUCUAUUAUCCUCUAUCGGUAUUGAUCACUGGAAGAUUAAAGUGUUUCUAAUAAAAUGCAAUAAACAGA